AUGUUGAGGAAUUUGAAUUCUAAGGAUUCAAAUUCUAGUGGAUCCAAUGGAUCUAGUCAAAGUUCUAGUCAAAUUACAGGGUCUGGGUCUGGUUCUGGUUCUGGAUCUAGAUUAUUUCAAAACUUGAAAAGAUUUGCAAAUUCAAAUAGUGCAAAUUCUAAUAAUCAAAUUACUACUAGUAUGAUAAGUAGUCCCAAAGCAAUACCAUCAACUUCUCCAAGUAGAGAUACAACACAUAAUUAUCAUCGUAAAUUUUCUUCAAGUCCCAAUAGAAGAUCAAACGAUAAUUUUUCAAUAAUGACUAAUAAUGGAACAAUAGAUCUUAAACAACCAUUGAGUAAAAAAAAUAGUCUAAAUACACAAAAUUUAGGACAAUACAUGAAUAAUUCAAAUAGUAAUAAAAUAAAUACAAUAAGUCCAGAAUCUGAUUCUUAUCAUAGAAGAAAUCAAUCAAUACAAUCAUCUUCAAAAUAUUCCUAUUCUCGUAGAUCUUCUCAACUUUCAUCUGUUGAUAAUACUAUGAACAAACUCUCUAGAGAACAUACUAAUCAAAGUUCAUCUGCAAGUAUAUUAUCUCAAGGUUCAUUUGUUAAUUUAUCAAAAUUUGUUACUUCAGAUGGUAAGAUACAUUUAGAGAUGCCAAGUGAUCCAUAUGAAGUUGAAACUUUAUUUGAAGAUAUUAUGUUAAAGAGAAAUAUUUUACAAAAUUUACCACCUUUAAAACAAAAAGAAUUAAUGAGUUAUGAUAUUAAAAAAAAAUGGCUAAUUGUUAAACAAGAUUUACAAAAUGAAUUCAAACGUAUGAAAUCAAAGAAACCAUCAGCAUCAUCUGAAGCAAUAUCAAUGAAUUCAAUACAACCAAGUCAAUCUAGUUCUAUGCAAGCAUUAGAUAAAUCUCCUUCCUCUUAUGUACCAGAAAGUACAAGACUUACAAAAUUAAGAACAACAUCCACUAAGAAUGGUUUAGCCAAUGAAGCAUUAUAUCUACAAACUGAACGUAAUGUAAGUACAUCAUCAGUAACAUCAGAUAAGACAAAUAGACCACCAAUAUAUUACGUUAAGAAAAUCUUGGCGGAACAAUUAUCAAUAGAUGAAAUUAAUGAUUUAUGGGUUACAUUAAGAACAGAACAACUUGAUUGGGUUGAUGCAUUUCUAGAACAUCAAGGUCAUAUUGCAAUGGCUAAUUCAUUAAUGAAUACACUAUAUAGAACAUCACCGACAGAACAUUUGACUGAAAAACUAUUAGAUAAAGAAAAUGCAUUUUUUAAAUGUUUUAGAGUACUAAUAAUGCUAAGACAAGGUCUAACUGAAUUUACCACACAUAAUCUUAUGUCAGAUACUAUUGCAAGAGGGUUAUUUUCAGCCAGAUUAAAUACAAAGAAAAUGGCUACUGAAAUAUAUGUAGUUAUACUCCAAACGAAAAAUACUAGAAACUUUGAAGUUGUUCUUCAGUCAAUGGAUCAAAACUUCAAAAUAGACCAGAAUGCUCAUAUGAUGUUAUAUUUUAAGAAAUAUCCACAAUAUUUUAGCCAUCUUACAGCUGAUAGUCAAUUGAAAGUGAUACAAGCAUGGAGAUUUUCCGUUGAGCAAACCCUGGAUGGACGUGGUAAAAUGGGAUCUAUGGUGGGUGCAUCUGAUGAAUAUAAAUUAGCUGGAGGUGAAAAUACUAUUCUUGAAUAUUGUCAACUGACAAUGAUUUUAAUUAACAGUAUAUGCGUGGGUUCUGAUAAUAUUGAACAACGUAUGCAUUUGAGAACGAAGUUAGAGAAUUCUGGUUUCGUUAGGGUCAUUAGUAGGUUCAAAUUAUUUGAUUAUGACAAAAUUAUGCAAGAAAUAGAAUCUUACGAAAAUUAUAAGUUAGAUGAUUUUAACACUAUGCUUGAGAGGAAUAACAAUAACACAGAUGUGAAUUUACAGGACCCUGUUUCUUUAUUAGGUAACUUAUGGGAUUCUUGUAAAGGUACAGAUAACGAAAAGACUCUAGUAUCUCUUAUUCAACAUAUCUUCUUAUCAAGUUCCAGACUCAUUGAAAAUCAAACCGAUACUACACAACUUUCCAAGCAACUAAAAUUAAUGGAUUCUUUAAUUACAAAUAUAAGUGCAUCAACCUCUGAUGAAGAAUCUACAAUGAAUAUGGCUAUUCAGAGAUUGUAUGAUUCCAUGCAAACAGAUGAAGUUGCUCGUCGUGCAAUCCUAGAAAGUAGAUCCUUAACGAAACAACUAGAGGAGUCACAAGCGGAAAAAGAAAUUUUAUCCCAGAAACUAUCCAAGGCUGAGAAUGGUUUAGUCGGACAAUUAGAAAAUGAUCUAAAAGAACGUGAUACUAUACUGGCAAAGAAUCAACGUGUAACAGUUCAAUUGCAAAAUGAACUUGAAGAGCUAAAGAAAAAGCACUUACUCGAGAAACAUGAACAAGAAGUUGAAUUACGUAAAAUGUUGACAAUAAUGAAUUCCAGGCCAGAUAAUGAAAAGAAAAGCCACCAUAAGGGAAGUAAGUCAGAGGCGGGAGGUGAGCAUAAGAUAUUUAAUGAAGAAAAACAGAGAAAUAUCCAACGAGCACUUCAAGACGGUUUAAGACGUGCAAACAACGAUUAUACUGCUGAUUCCAAAAAAUUCGGAAUGACUAUUCAACCAAACAAAAGACUGAAAUUCCUUAGAACGCAAAUGGAGAGUCUUGAAAAUGAGGCUAGGAAGUUGGAAAUGACAAAUUUUACUGAUUAUGAGAAAUCAAACCUGAAGGCACCUGUCGAAAUAAAAAAGAAACACAAAUCUUCAAAGCAUAGACCAAGUUCCAAACUUCCUAAUUUCGGUAAAAAAGAUGACAACGAUGCUCAGAUUAAAAAAUUAAAUGAAUUAAGAAUGACAUUAGCCCAAAUACAGUCCGAAUCGAAUGAUAUAUCUAAGUUUAAUGUUGAAGAGCGUGUUAAUGAAAUGUUCAAUGAUAAGAGGUUGCUAGCUCUCCAGAGACUAAAGGAAUUAGAAACGAAAUAUAAAGAUUUUGGUAUCGAUUUCAAUGUUGAGGAAAUAUUAGGAAAUUCAUCCGAUAAUGUUGGUGUUCAAGGUACGGAAAAGGAAAGGAAAGGGAAUUAUUCCAGCUUGGAUCCUAAAAUGUAUGAAAGCCAAUUAGAUGAAAUCAAUAAAAUCACGAAUGAGUUGAUAAGUAUGAAAAACAAAUUAAAGGAACAAGAGGAUAAUAAUGAUGAGAGUUCUGCAAGUUCAGCCGAAUCAUCAGAUUCGGAAACUGAAUCCUCAGUGAAUGAUAUGAAUUAUGAUAUGUUUAGUCAGAAUUCUGAGAGAUCGACAGGCUCAGGGUCGUUCUUAGAUGUAUUAACUCAAAAAUAUGGUACAGGUGCAAGAGAACCGACUUAUCAAGCAACUAGAAACGAAAAAUCGUUUUUAAAUCGUGUUAGAAAAUCUUCUAUCCCUGCUCCUUACCUACAGGAACUUAACCAAAGGGUCAGUAUAGCACCUUCAAUAGAAGAGGUUAACAAGGCAUUGGAUGAUAGUAGUUCGGAUAAGGAACCAGAUUACAACAAAACAUUUGAACUUGGUGAUAGUGAAGAGCAAUCGAUAUCAGAUGACGAAAAGCGAGACGAGACACUUGAAGAGACAAGUACCGAUACUGGUGAUAAAGAAGAGAAUAAGGAAGCUACAGUCUCUAAUACAGAAUCAGCUGCUCCACCUCCUCCUCCGCCUCCGCCUCCACCUCCGCUAGAUCUAUUUAAACUAAAUAGCACGGCGUCCGGAAAUUCAAUCCCACCACCUCCACCACCUCCGCCACCUCCAAUGGCCGUUUCUAGUUCGACUUCUGUCAGCUCUAUGAGCCCACCCCCACCUCCGCCUGCACCUCCAAUUCCUACGCCAGGUUCUAUUAAACAGAAUGUCUCAUCACCACUUCUUACUCAAUCGCCUUCGUUAUUUGAAAGAUACCCACGCCCUCAAAAGAAAUUGAAACAGCUGCAUUGGGAAAAGAUUGAACCAGCUGAUAACUCUGUUUGGAAUGCUGGAAAAGCUGAACGUUUUGCUGAUGAUUUAUACGAAAAGGGUGUCCUAUCCAAUUUAGAAAAGGCAUUUGCUGCUAGAGAGGUAAAGUCUCUUGCAUCUAAAAAGAAGGAAGACAUGAAUAAAAUUACUUAUUUAUCUCGAGAUAUUUCCCAACAAUUCGGUAUUAACCUCCAUAUGUAUAGUUCACUUUCAGUUGAGGAUUUAAUCUCGAAAGUACUAAAGUGUGACAGGGAAUUUCUUAAUAACCCAAGUGUUAUUGAAUUUUUAUCUAAGUCAGAGAUUAUUGAAGUGUCAAUUAAUUUAGCCAAAAAUUAUGCACCAUAUACCACAGAAUGGGAAGGUAUUAGAAAAAUUGAAGAUGCAAAGGCCCCAGAUAAGGAUCCUAAUGAGUUACAAAGAGCAGAUCAAAUAUACCUGCAACUUAUGGUUAAUCUUCAAUCGUACUGGGGAUCUCGUAUGAGGGCUUUGACAGUAGUAACAUCAUAUGAAAGAGAAUAUAACGAACUAUUGGCGAAAUUAAGAAAAGUUGAUAAGGCGGUUGGUUCUCUACAAGAUUCUGAAAACAUCCAUAAUGUAUUCAAUGUUAUCUUAGCUGUAGGUAACUAUAUGAAUGACACAUCGAAACAAGCACAAGGUUUCAAACUAACUACUCUCCAAAGGUUGACAUUUAUAAAGGAUUCUACAAAUAGCAUGACUUUCUUAAACUAUGUUGAAAAAAUAGUAAGGACCAAUUAUCCAUCUUUCAAUGAUUUCAUAAAGGAGUUAGAACCACUUACUGAUGUCGUGAAGGUAUCCAUAGAUCAAUUAAUCAAUGAUUGUCAGGCAUUUAGUCAAUCGAUAGUUAACGUACAAAGAUCCGUUGAAAUUGGUAAUUUGAGUGAUUCUUCGAAAUUCCAUCCCCAAGAUAGAGUGUUAGCAAAGGUGCUACCUGUAUUACAAGAAGCACGGAAGAAGGCUGAUUUAUUAGAGAAUGAAGUGAAAUUAACAAUGCUAGAGUUUUCAGGGUUAUUACAAAUAUAUGGUGAGGACCCUGGAGACAAAUUUGCCAAGAACUCUUUCUUCAGAAAAUUUGUGGAUUUCAUAAAUGAGUAUAAAAAGGCUCAGAUCCAGAAUUUAAAGGGUGAAGAAGAGGAGAAAUUAUACGAGAAACACAAAAAAAUGGUCGAAGAUCAACAAAGGAAACAGCAAGAAGAAGAGGAAGAGAGACGUAAAAGAAUCGAAGGUGGUACUUCUGAAAAUAGCGGUGAUGGUAGUAACUCUGGCGAGGAUGACAGACGUGCUGUUAUGGACAAAUUGUUAGAACAACUAAAGAAUGCAGGACCUCAAAAGACUGAUCCAACGUCUGCCAGAAAGAGAGCCAUGGUUAGGAAGAAACUCACAACUGAAAAAGAUGCAAAUGAAACCACACAGGAUUUAGAAACAGAUGAAGAAUCACUAGUAUAUUCCCCUGAUAAUAGUGGAAUAACGAAAACACCUUUGGGAAUCAACUCUCCUGCCUCAUCUUUCAAUUCUGCUAAUAAGCAUGUGGUAUCCCCUUCGAAGCAUUCAAGAUUUAGAAGUGUAGAUCCUGAUAUCGACGAAGAAGAGUCAGAAAUCCAUGAUAGGGCUACGACCCUAUUAAUGGAAUUAAGAGGAGCUUCUGCAUUGUCCUCCUCAUCCUCUCCAAAAAAGAGUUCUUCCCUAGAUGAACAUAAGGAAAAACUGCGUGCACGCAGAAAGAAAUCCAGUAGAAGUAUCGAUGGAGGUAAUAAACUAAAAUUUUUCGAUACAAAUGAAAAUUCCAUUCCUGAAAAUUCAGAAGUUCUUCAAGAUGAUGAAAUAGAAAAAGAACAUAAGAAACCUGUAGAACCAGAUACCUUAAUUUUACCGGGUGCUCAAUGA